UUUGAACCCCAAACCGAAACGCGUGUUGUUAUUGGUUAAUUCAAAAACAGCGGUAUUUCUGAAGAAAUUGAUGAGAACUUUAGAAUAAUAAUAAAAGUGAAAGAAACAUGGAAGACUACAUAAAGAUUGAGAAAAUUGGGGAGGGAACAUAUGGUGUGGUUUACAAAGGAAGAAACAAGAAAUCUGGUCGGUUGGUUGCCCUGAAAAAGAUUCGUUUGGAGUCCGAAGAGGAAGGGGUUCCUUCCACUGCAAUCAGAGAAAUCUCUCUGUUAAAGGAGCUACAGCACCCAAAUAUUGUAUGUCUGGAAGAUGUGUUGAUGCAGGAAAACAAGCUGUAUCUGGUGUUUGAGUUUUUGUCCAUGGAUUUGAAGCGUUAUAUGGACACCAUUCCUAAUGGACAGUUUAUGGACAAAAUGCUUGUCAAGAGCUACCUGUACCAGAUCAUGCAGUCCAUCCUGUUCUGUCACCAGAGGAGGGUCCUCCAUCGGGAUCUAAAGCCACAGAAUCUGUUGAUCGACAACAAAGGAGUCAUCAAACUGGCAGACUUUGGAUUGGCCAGGGCUUUUGGAAUUCCUGUCAGAGUCUAUACUCAUGAGGUUGUGACGCUAUGGUACAGAGCCCCUGAAAUUCUGCUGGGGAGUCAGAGAUACUCCACCCCAGUAGAUAUUUGGAGCGUGGGGUGUAUAUUUGCCGAAAUGAUGACAAAACGACCAUUGUUUCAUGGAGACUCAGAAAUUGAUCAGCUAUUUAGAAUAUUCAGGACAUUGACAACGCCCACAGAUGAAACCUGGCCAGGAGUGACCUCAUUACCCGACUAUAAACCCACCUUCCCCAACUGGAAAACAAACCAGCUUGCUAGUGCUGUCCAGAGGUUGGACAACACAGGGCUGGAUCUCCUACAGCAAAUGUUGAUAUAUGAUCCAGCAAACAGGAUAUCUGCCAAAAAGGCACUGAAUCAUAUUUACUUUGCAAACCUCGACAAGUCAGCCCUACCGGCCUCCACCAUCACGAGUUAGGAGUCCUUCCUACAAUCUUCACAAACUAGGAGUCCUUCCUACAGCCUAUCAUCUCAUCACUAGGACCAAACACACUGACUUGUCAUCUUCACUGCUCACUUUUAGCUCCUGUAUUUGUUACAUGUAUUGUGCAUCCCACCCAAACAUAAAAUCUACUUAACUCUGUUGCUUGAAAUAGGUAUAUAUAUGUACCACUACAAACUGCUGUAAGGGCAGUUAUAGUCGGUCAUUCUACUAGUGCUGUGAACAUUUUAUUUGUCUGAGUUUAUUGUCAUUAGUUAGGAUUUUAAAAUGGUAUUUGAACAGUGAAGAAAGGACAAUAGACAUUAUAUGAACAAUGUAUAAAUAAUAUGAGUGAAAACAUAAUGUUGCAGUGUUGGAUUGCUCAGGUUUUUCUGCUCGUUCAUUAGUUUUAUUUUAUAUUUGUCUGACUGAAUGAGCGUCAACCAAAUCUAUAAUCAUGCCGUGAUUAUGUUUUUGAAUAUUAAUCACAAUCAUAUGCUGUGCAAAAUGUUUAAGUAGAAAGCCUUGAGUGUAUAGACUUGUGUUAAAUGUGAAAUUGAAUGAGAAAUAUGUUGUUUAUUGUAUAAGAUACUGCACAGUCCACUACUCUAUUUUUCUUUCUAGUCUUCUCUCUGUCUUCUAACUUAUUGUAAUAAUUUAAUGGGAUAUUGAAGUGCUGUCAAAUGAAAAAAGAAUAAGUUGAGGUCAAGGUGAGACCUGACUGAGUAUUGAUUCUGAAUUAAAUAUAAAAAUCAUAUAUACCAUAAUUUUGAUCAAGUCAAUGGUUUAUGUUGUGAGAAACUUCCUCCUUUAAUAAUCCAUCCACCAAUUGUGUUCAUUUUAGAUGUUGUUUUGGUACAUUGUGUAUUACAUGUAGAUAGCUUUCUCUUCAUAUACUGUGUUACAUUUAUAGUGAACAAACUUUUUAAAAAUGCAAACACAACAUUUCAAUUAAGGCCAUACAAUAAAAAAAAUAGUAAAAAGCUA